ACAUUAACAACAUUCAUUUCUAGAACUCUAUUAUCAUCGCGAAAAAAACAAAACAAAACAAAAAAAACCACUGAAAAAUAAUUCCUAGGUUCCCUUUCUCUUUGCCUCCUUUCUACUUUUUGCUCCUGGUAAUCACCAUGCUACAUUCUAUCUCUUCUGCUAUCUAGAAACCUCUGUAAGUGGAAUCAAAUACUCAUCCUUUCAUGUCUGGCUUAUUGGACUGAACUAAAUCACUUUAAUCAAUACCCUGGGGUUAUUCAUAACCUUGAUUCUAAUUUACAUCUGACUCCAGAUGUUGUAUUUAAGACUAAAUGGCUAGCUUUGUACUUUAUACUGUUUCCACUUAAUGCUUAAGGAUACUUCAUUCUAGCAAAUUAUCAACUCAGUUCAUAGGAACAAUCCUAUCACCGUUUCAGUAAGAAUUUUAUUGGUUUACUUACUGUGUCUUUAGAUUGUGAUCUCUUUUCAUUCCACUUGUAGUCCAUAGACUUUAGAGUCUUUGCUAGUCUCCUAAAUAAUAUAUAGUAAUACAAAAUAAAGUUGUUGGACCACCCACGAUAAAUGGAAAGCUAUUUUGAAAGCUCUCUUUUGAUACAAAAUAAUUUCUCGGAGUUGAAUCUGCUCUAAAUGAAGAGAAUCUAAAACACACCAAAAUUUAUAUUUAGCUAAGGAAAGAUGCCAAGGUUUCAGGUUAUAGGAAACUGUCAAGGUUAUCUCAUUUUUCUUUUGAGGCAUCCCUAAUUUUCCAAAAACUACUUCUGGAUAAGGACACUAAUCCUCCUGGGGUCUCAAGUGGGUUACAUCAGACCAGCCUGUGUUUACCAACCGUGUGCACGUAACAGCACAUACAGUGUACGGUAUUGGUAGGGUGCUGCGGUAACUAAUGCAGGUCAAGCACAAUGAAGGGCACCUGCAACCCGCAGGCUGCCCAGAGUUCUCCAGUAUCGCUUCAUCCCGCAAGUUCAUUCCAGCUGACAAGCACAGUCCUCUUAAAGAACAAGGUCUGCGAGUCUGUGGCCUUUCCGUCCUUGUAAAGUAAAAAAGCAUUCGUCGUUAGCCAUGACGAGAGCCAACGAGUAAAAAGGAACUAGGACCGCAAGGAACGCAAAAACGCACAAAAUGGACCACCACGCUUGCUGAUUCCGCUCUCCGCUGAACGCAGCCUCUUCCCAGCAUGCUCUGGGCGUCAACGCGAGACUUCAAUCAAUUCUCGCGAGAUUUAUUGGCAGCCAUCUUCUUGGGGGUGCUGGGAGCCGGGAAGACCCCUGAAUCGGUCCCUUUGAGGCACCCCUUCUUCGCUUUCUUCACCUCUGCUUCUGUCGCAUUGCCAACAAGCACCUAGUCCCGAAGCUAAGAGGAAAGCCCAGGUCUAAGCGUGUUCGGUGCUCCUCCUUCGGGAAGAUUCGCUGGGGAGCAGGGCAGGGGGAGGGCCUCGGCGAACCGUUGCUGCCUCAGCCUGGGCCGGGGUCCUCAGAGGGGAAGCUCCUGGCAGCCCGUGGGCGCGCGGCCUGUGGCCGAUUCCGCCGAGCUGCUCGCCGACCGCGGCCCGCGGGAACCUGCCACCGGCGCCUCCCACUGCGGCCCACGCGGGCUGCGCGCCGAGGAGGGGGCGGCGGCUGCUGCCGCGACCCGGGCGGGCGGAGCAGUGUGACGGGCCUCGCGGCCGCCGUGAAUGGUGUCUAAGAUGAUCAUUGAAAACUUCGAGGCCCUCAAGUCCUGGCUCAGCAAGACGCUCGAGCCCAUCUGUGAUGCGGAUCCAUCAGCUUUAGCAAAAUAUGUCUUGGCCUUGGUAAAGAAAGACAAAAGUGAAAAAGAAUUAAAGGCGUUAUGUAUUGACCAGCUCGAUGUAUUUCUUCAGAAAGAGACACAGAUAUUUGUGGAAAAGCUUUUUGAUGCUGUGAAUACAAAGAGUUAUCUACCUCCUCCAGAGCAGCCAUCAUCAGGAAGCCUGAAGGUAGAAUUUUUUCAGCACCAAGAAAAAGAUAUAAAAAAAGAAGAGAUCACAAAGGAGGAAGAGCGAGAGAAGAAAUUUUCUAGAAGGCUAAAUCACAGUCCUCCCCAGUCAAGCUCCAGAUACAGAGAAAAUAGAAGUCGUGAUGAAAGAAAAAAAGAUGAUCGUUCUCGCAAAAGAGAUUAUGAUCGAAAUCCUCCUCGAAGAGAUUCAUACAGAGACCGAUAUAAUAGAAGACGAGGGCGAAGUCGCAGUUACAGCAGGAGUCGAAGUCGAAGUUGGAGUAAAGAGAGGCUUCGUGAUAGGGACAGAGAUCGAAGCAGGACUAGAAGCAGAAGCAGAACACGAAGCAGGGAAAGGGAUCUGGUGAAACCUAAAUACGACCUCGAUAGAACAGACCCGUUAGAAAAUAAUUAUACUCCUGUCUCUUCGGUACCGAAUAUUUCAUCUGGCCACUAUCCUGUCCCUACCUUGAGCAGCACCAUCACCGUGAUCGCUCCUACUCAUCAUGGCAAUAAUACUACGGAAAGUUGGUCUGAAUUCCAUGAAGACCAAGUAGACCAUAACUCUUAUGUAAGGCCACCAAUGCCAAAGAAACGGUGUAGAGAUUAUGAUGAAAAGGGUUUUUGUAUGAGAGGAGACAUGUGUCCUUUUGAUCAUGGAAGUGACCCAGUAGUUGUAGAAGAUGUAAAUCUUCCUGGUAUGCUGCCUUUCCCAGCACAGCCUCCUGUUGUUGAAGGACCACCUCCUCCUGGACUGCCCCCACCUCCACCAAUUCUUACACCCCCACCUGUGAAUCUUAGACCCCCAGUGCCACCUCCAGGUCCAUUACCACCCAGUCUCCCACCUGUCACAGAUGAUAUUUCUUAUUCUUUGGUUUUGACAGGACCACCACCUCCACUUCCUCCUUUGCAGCCAUCUGGCAUGGAUGCUCCCCCUAACUCUGCCACCAGCUCUGUUCCUACUGUAGUAACAACUGGCAUUCAUCACCAGCCUCCUCCUGCUCCACCCUCUCUAUUUACCGCAGUUUUUGUGUUACCAGAUACAUAUGAUACAGAUGGCUACAAUCCUGAAGCCCCAAGCAUAACAAACACUUCCAGACCUAUGUAUAGACACAGAGUGCAUGCACAAAGGCCUAACUUAAUAGGACUAACAUCAGGGGAUAUGGAUUUGCCACCCAGAGAAAAGCCACCUAAUAAAAGCAGCAUGAGGAUAGUAGUAGAUUCAGAAUCAAGGAAAAGAACUAUUGGGUCUGGGGAACCUGGAGCUCCUACAAAGAAGACAUGGUUUGAUAAACCAAAUUUUAAUAGGACAAACAGCCCAGGUUUCCAGAAGAAGGUUCAGUUUGGAAAUGAAAAUACCAAACUUGAACUUAGGAAAGUUCCUCCAGAAUUAAAUAAUAUCAGCAAACUUAAUGAACAUUUUAGUCGAUUUGGAACAUUGGUUAACUUACAGGUUGCCUAUAAUGGUGAUCCUGAAGGUGCCCUUAUCCAAUUUGCAACAUAUGAAGAAGCAAAGAAAGCAAUCUCAAGUACAGAAGCAGUAUUAAAUAAUCGUUUUAUUAAGGUUUAUUGGCACAGAGAAGGAACUACUCAACAGUUACAAACUACUUCUCCAAAGGUAAUACAGCCAUUAGUCCAGCAGCCCAUUUUGCCUAUUGUGAAACAGUCAGUCAAAGAGCGGUUGGGUCCAGUACCUUCAAGCACUAUAGAACCAGCAGAAGCCCAGAGUGCUACUUCAGACCUUCCCCAGAAUGUAACUAAAUUAUCUGUGAAGGACAGGUUGGGUUUUGUAUCAAAGCCAUCUGUUUCAGCAACUGAAAAGGUGUUGUCUACAUCUACUGGCCUAACAAAAACAGUGUAUAAUCCAGCUGCUUUGAAGGCUGCACAAAAGUCCUUACUUGUUUCCACCCCCACAGUUGAUAAUAAUGAAGCACAGAAAAAAAAACAGGAGGCACUGAAACUUCAGCAAGAUGUAAGAAAAAGGAAGCAAGAAAUUUUAGAAAAGCACAUUGAAACACAGAAGAUGCUGAUUUCAAAACUAGAGAAAAAUAAAACAAUGAAGUCUGAAGAUAAAGCAGAAAUAAUGAAAACUUUAGAGGUUUUGACAAAAAAUAUCACCAAGUUGAAAGACGAGGUUAAAGCUACUUCUCCUGGACGCUGUGUUCCCAAAAGUAUAAAAACCAAGACCCAGAUGCAGAAAGAAUUGCUUGACACGGAGUUGGAUUUAUACAAGAAGAUGCAGGCUGGAGAAGAAGUCACUGAACUUAGGAGAAAAUAUACAGAAUUACAGCUGGAAGCUGCUAAACGUGGGAUUCUUUCAUCUGGUCGUGGUAGAGGAAUCCAUACAAGAGGUCGAGGUGCAGUUCAUGGCCGAGGCAGGGGUAGAGGCCGAGGGCGAGGGGUUCCUGGGCAUGCUGUGGUGGAUCACCGACCCAGAGCAUUGGAGAUUUCUGCAUUUACAGAGAGUGAUAGAGAAGAUCUUCUCCCUCAUUUUGCGCAAUAUGGUGAAAUUGAGGAUUGCCAGAUUGAUGACUCUUCACUUCAUGCAGUAAUUACAUUUAAGACAAGAGCAGAAGCAGAAGCUGCUGCAAUUCAUGGAGCUCGUUUCAAAGGGCAGGAUUUAAAACUGGCAUGGAAUAAGCCAAUAACUAAUAUUUCAGCCGUGGAAACAGAAGAAGCAGAACCUGAUGAAGAGGAAUUUCAGGAAGAGUCUUUGGUGGAUGACUCAUUACUUCAAGAUGAUGAUGAAGAAGAAGAGGACAAUGAAUCUCGUUCUUGGAGAAGAUGAUUUGACUGAUCAUUGAUCUGCAUAUGCUAGAACUCUCCUUGUGUUUCAUUAGUAUUAUCUAAUGUACUUUUACAUAUUUGUAAAAAACAAUUUUUGGUAAAAUAUGAAGAUGGAUUUCACAAAUAGAUAAAAGAAGAAAACUACCUUCUGAUCUUGUAUUUUGAAAGAUUGAUGUUUGCAUUUUAUUUCAGUAAACAAUUGCUAAAGACAUCACAAUAGAACAUAUGCAAUGUUUUUAUUACAUACUUCUAUUGAACAUUACAGAAUUCUUUGGGUUAUUUGUAAAUUAAUGAAUAGAUUUGAAUACUUAUGACCCAGUAUUUGUUAUAAUAUAGAGGAUUUUGUUUUACUCCAAAUAAGGAAUGAAUUUGCAUUUAAAAUCUUAAUGAAUGUUUUCAAAAAUGAAUAGAUAACAUAGUACUCUUAACUAAAGUCUCCAAGUUAUGUAUUCAUAAUAUUACAUAGUAGUAUGCUUAGGCUUUACUAUGUAUUAGCCAUUUGUUGGACUUGUGUAUGUAUUUUAUCACAUGGGUUUUAAUGAUAAUGGUGUAUGACUGCUUUAUAUAUGAGUCCUUAUGCAUCUGGAUGCUAAAAAUAAAGUGGAAUGGUCUCUUAAAAGAAAAAAGAAAAGAAAAAAAAAAGCAGUUAC